AUGAAGUUGAUUAUCGCUUGGAGUGCUGUUGCAGCGACUAUUGUGGCUGCACGGCCCAACAACUGGGCGGUACCUUGUUUCGAGGGUGAAUGUGCCUAUGAUCUCCACCCGUCGACAGGUUCAUCGGGUCACAUCAAGAUCGCUGGUAGCCCCAAUGCUAUCACAGACAUCACCCCGGCUGCAGGCUGGGUAGUCUUAGACUGCGACCCUAACCGUCUGGACCAGGAAAUUCGUCUCGUGUGUAACAGCCACGAUAUGGAGGAAGCGGGAUGCGCCCAUUUCUUUGAAGGCGGAGGUCCCGUGCAUAAGUAUGCUCGUCUUCCCGAGAGCUGCUCCACCCACCCCUUCGUACGCAUCGCCAGCGCAACCGUGCACGAAGAUCAGAGUAUCCCCCACCACAAGCAUGAUCAAAUCGAGAGGCGUGAUGGUGCCUUCCCUCAGGUCUAUGCUGUCCGGAUUGAUGAUCAAUUCCAUGAGAUUGACGACAGCAAAUUUGGCGCAGUCACCUUUGCCGUUGCCGGUGUUACAGAACCCGGCGUCGAUAUGAGCUUCGACAUGCCUCACGACAUUCAUACAAAGGAGGGUGCCGAUCGGUUCGUCGAAGCAUCCAAACAACUCAUGGAAGAACGUACCGCUGCUGCCGCCCUCUCCAAGCGAGAAGACAUCGCCACAAAGGCACCAGAGAAAUUCUCCUAUGAUGCUGAUAUCCCCUUCACCGGCGUGACCAAAUCUUGCAAGCAUGGGUCAGCAUCUGCGAGUGCAACGGUAGGGAUCACUCUCAAGGCCAAGGUUAACGGCCACCUCAAGUUAGGGAUGUCGGCUGUUGGCGAUGCUGCUAAGAAACAGCUUUCAUCCUUCACCGAGCACUUCUUUGACUUCAGCAUUAGCAUCGAACAAGAUCUUAGGGGCAAGAUUGAGCUCAGUGGCGCAAUUACGUUGGGAGAGUUCAAGAUUAUCACCCCAACCGGCGUUCCCGCUCUUUCGCUCGACCUCAAAUUUAUCACGGUCGGGACCAUGUUCGAACUCUUGGGACACCUCACCGGCCAGAUCGAUCUUGGCGUCGAAAUAGACACCCACGUCGUCUACGGAAUUGAAAAAGCUACCUUCGACUUCCCUGCAACGGGCAGCAUCAAACCAACGUGGAAGGACGGCUCAUACACCCUCAAGGUCAACCCCGGAUCGGAGAAGAUUGCCUCUCUCAAAGUUGGCAUCAUCCCCAAACUCCUCUUUGGAAUUAAAGUCUUUGGUGUCGCGCCUGACGUUUUCUUGAGCUUCGGUGCCUACACCGAAGGCAGCGUCAAGCCAAAGAAGGCUAUCGAAAUCAAGUCGGGCGAGAAAUUCGAUAUCAAGAAGGUCGAAAUCUGCGGUGAAAUCAAAGGGUUGCUCGAUGCCAACAUUGGUGCAGAACUGGCUCUGUUCAGCAUAUGGAAAGGCCAUACCGUCAAGAACAUCUGGAAGAAGGAAUUCGACUUCUGGAAGAGUGCAAGUUGCCCCAAGACCAAGCGCGAGCUUUUAUCCCUUGAUGCUCCUCCUGCGAGCAACGUUACCAUGACCAACACCCUUGUGUCCCGCUCGGUUCACAACACCGACGGCAUCAAGAUCAACAUCCCUCCCCUCACAACAAACUGGGCGUGUGAGACCACACUCAGCCCGACGCUGGGUUCCAUCGCCGAAGGCGUCAAGAUCGCUGCCAAAGCACUUGGAUUGUGA